CCCGUCACGCCCCUUCAUCCGCCCUCCUCGCGCGCGUCGUCGCAGCGGAGCGUCUCGCCCGACCGAGGCGCCGAUGGAAGAGAACGUUCGAGGUCUCCGUCGUCUCUAUCCGAGUCAUCCGCCGGGGCUUCCUCCAUGGGCGACUGGGCGCAUUACCAGUCUUUGGUGACCACGAACCUCACGCACCUCCCCGCGGGACGCUUCGUGUACGGCAGGCGUUACCUCCAGCCCUUCGAGUUUAGCGCGUUUUGGCACAGCGCCGAGACCAACCGAGCGGGGGCGAGAGCCGCGAGGUGCGAGGAACCCGGCGCGGACGGGGGGGACGGACCGGCGGUGCACACGAAUGGUAACGCGGGAACCAACCGGGGCGAGCCGCUCGUGUCGGGCGGGGGGCAAACGUCGUGCUCGUCCGUCGCGUCGGGCGAUGCGUCGUUCGGAACGGCCGCGCGGAGGCGUCGUAAUGGCGGCGGCGGCGGGGGUGGUUCGUUUUGGGGCAGUAAUAGCGGCCGGGUCGGCGCGACGGGGGAGUGGCGAAGGAGGGAGCCGGACGGGCGCGGGGCCGGUCCGCCGACGCCGCCGCCGCCCGGGUCUUCGAGCGCGAGUCGUCGGUCCCCGCCGAUCCCCGUUCCCUGCGCGAAACCCCGCGAAUCGCACGGCGCCACGUGGCCGGGAUUCGACGCUUCGACCCGCGCGAGAGACAAAGCCGCCGCCGCCGCCGCGUGGGUGCCCCGGGGUCGGUGGACGAACGAGCGACGCGUCAACGAGGCGCUCGAGGCCGUCCCCGUCAACUCGGGCGACGUCAACGACGCGCUCGCGAGGACGAGCCUCGGAUCCCCGAAACCCGACGGAUCCCUGGCGCCGGCGCGGGCGUCUGAGCUCACGCGAGCGCUGUCGCAGCCGUCGGCGCUGGCGUCGCACUGAGCGCGUUUGUACGUUUCAGCGGCGAAGACCCGGGGGGGGUAAAGCCUACUAGCCUGUAUCAUCACCGACGCGUUCCGCGUCUCGCACAACCUGUUGUAAUCUUACCAUGCACUGCUCGCUUG